CUAGCAUUUGAAGUUCUCAACGGCCGGCCAUCGAAUUCACUGUGAAGUUUGAGAUUUGAAGAAAACGAAUUUUAUGUAAAUGGAGUCUGCACAGUCACAGCAACAGAGAAGAGGAGGGAUGGUUUCGUUAUCGCCAUCGCAGACGCCGCGGUCGAGCGAAAAGGCGGUUAGAGAUCUGCGAUCAGGGGAGGGGAAUGUGAAUGGGAAGCAAGAGAAAGAUAAAGGCGUGAAUGUCCAGGUCAUUGUCCGGUGCAGGCCAUUGAAUGAGGAUGAAGUGAGAUUGCAUACACCAGUAGUUGUUUCAUGUAAUGAGAACAGAAGAGAAGUUUCUGCGAUUCAGAAUAUAGCUAAUAAGCAGAUCGAUAGAACAUUUCUAUUUGACAAGGUCUUUGGUCCGAUGUCCCAACAAAAGGACUUGUAUGAGCAGGCAGUGUCUCCCACUGUAUUUGAAGUUCUCGAGGGCUAUAACUGCACUAUUUUUGCGUAUGGGCAGACAGGAACAGGGAAAACAUACACAAUGGAGGGAGGAGGAAGAAAAAAGAACGGAGAGUUUCCGAAUGAUGCGGGUGUUAUUCCUAGAGCUGUUCGUCAAAUAUUUGAUAUAUUAGAAGCUCAAAACGCCGAAUAUAGCAUGAAAGUUACGUUUCUAGAGCUUUACAAUGAAGAAAUAUCAGAUCUUUUGGCUAUAGAGGAAUGCUCAAAAUUCACAGAUGACAAAUCAAAGAAGCCAAUAGCACUUAUGGAGGAUGGAAGGGGAGGUGUUUUUGUUAGAGGCUUGGAAGAGGAAAUAGUAUGCACAGCCAAUGAAAUUUAUAAGAUUUUGGAGAAAGGUUCUGCUAAAAGGCGUACAGCAGAGACCCUUCUCAACAAACAAAGCAGCCGUUCCCACUCGAUAUUUUCUAUAACAAUUCACAUUAAGGAGUGUACUCCAGAGGGGGAGGAAAUGAUUAAAUGUGGGAAGCUCAAUCUUGUUGAUCUAGCUGGCUCAGAGAAUAUCUCGCGCUCGGGUGCAAGAGAGGGUAGGGCAAGGGAAGCUGGUGAGAUCAAUAAAAGCUUGCUUACACUUGGUCGUGUCAUAAAUGCACUAGUUGAGCACUCUGGGCAUGUACCAUAUAGGGAUAGUAAAUUAACAAGAUUGCUGAGAGAUUCCUUGGGAGGGAAAACAAAAACCUGCAUUAUCGCCACGAUAUCACCCUCUGUUCAUUGUUUGGAAGAGACGCUCAGCACGUUAGAUUAUGCGCACCGUGCCAAAAAUAUUAAGAACAAACCAGAGAUUAAUCAGAAGAUGAUGAAAUCUGCAAUGAUCAAGGAUUUGUAUUCUGAAAUCGACCGACUUAAACAAGAGGUGUAUGCUGCCAGAGAGAAAAAUGGAAUCUACAUACCAAGAGAUCGUUAUCUACUGGAAGAAGCUGAGAAGAAGGCAAUGACAGAAAAAAUAGAGCGCAUGGAACUUGAUUUUGAAUCCAGGGACAAGCAACUAAUGGAGCUUCGGGAACUUUACAACUCUCAGCUGCUAUUAACUUCAGAAUUAAGUGAUAAGCAUGAAAAGUCUGAGAAAAAGCUCCACGAAACAGAACAUGCAUUGGCUGAUCUUGAAGAAAGACAUAGGGAGGCAAAUGCAAGAAUUAAAGAAAAGGAGUAUCUUAUAUCCAAUCUUCUUAAGUCUGAGAAAGCACUCAUGGAGAAUACGUUUGAGCUUCGAGCAGAGCUAGAGAAUGCUGUGUCAGAUGUGGCUAGCUUGUUCACCAAGAUUGAGCGCAAGGACAAAAUAGAAGAUGGAAACAGAAUUCUUAUACAGAAAUUCCAGUUGCAAUUAUCUCAACAGCUUGAAAUCUUGCACAAAACUGUAGCUGCUUCUGUCACUCAACAAGAGCAGCAACUGAAAGGCAUGGAGGAAGAUAUGCAAUCCUUUGUAUCCACGAAAACAGAGGCUACUGAAGAACUUCGAGGUCGCCUAGCUAAGUUGAAAAUUAUGUAUGGUUCUGGUAUCAAAGCUUUGGAUAAUCUAGCGGGGGAGCUUGAUGAGAAUUCUCAGUUAACUUUUGGGAAUCUGAAUUCUGAGGUUUCCAAACAUUCGUCUGCUCUUGCCAAUCUUUUUAGAGGAAUUGCUUCAGAGGCUGAUGCAUUGCUUAAUGAUCUUCAAAAGCGUCUGUAUAGUCAGGAGGAUAAACUAACUGAAUAUGCACAACAACAACGUGAUGCGCAUUCCAGAGCAGUAGCAAGCACACGAUUAAUUUCUCAAAUUACUAUAAAGUUCUUCAAGACUUUAGACAUGCAUGUGUCGAAUUUGAGCCAAAUUGUAGAAGCAGCACAAACAGUCAACGAUCAUAAAUUAUCUGAGCUUGAAAAGAAGUUUGAGGAAUGUGCUGUCGAUGAAGAAAGGCAGCUCUUAGAAAAAGUGGCAGAGCUGCUUGCAAGUUCAAAUGCUAGGAAGAAAAAACUGGUUCAAACAGCAGUUAAUGGCCUGCGAGAGAGUGCAGCCAGCAGAACCAGCAGAUUGCAGCAAGAGAUGUCCACUAUGCAAGAUUCGACCAUCUCUGUUAGAGCCGAAUGGACUGGUUACAUGGAAAAAGCUGAAACACACUAUCUUGAAGAUACAGCUGCAGUGGAAAGUGGGAAGAAAAAUCUAGGAGAGGUUCUUCAUAAUUGUUUACAAAAGGCAAAAAUGGGUGCACAACAGUGGAGUAAUGCUCAAGAAUCCUUGCUCAGCCUAGAGAAAAGCAAUGUCGCUGCCAUAGAUGAGAUAGUAAGGGGAGGGAUGGAUGCCAAUCAAAUCCUGCGUGCUCGGUUUUCUUCUGCUGUAUCAUCUGCAAUUGAAGAUGCAGACACAGGAAGCAAGAAUCUCCUUUCCUCCAUUGAUCAUUCAUUACAAUUUGACCAUGAUGCAUGUGCAAAUGUUGAUUCCAUGAUUGUUCCUUGCUGUGGAGAGUUGAGGGAACUGAAGAGUGGACACUACCACAAGAUUGUGGAGAUCACAGAAGAUGCAGGAAAAUGCCUCCUAGAGGAAUACAUGGUGGAUCAACCAUCAUGCUCUACACCGAAGAAGAGGCCAUUUAAUCUGCCAAGCAUUGCAUCUAUCGAAGAACUCAGAACCCCUGCUUUUGAGGAUUUGUUGAGAUCAUUCUGGGAAGCAAAAUCUUCAAAGCAAGCAAAUGGAGAUGUGAAACAUGCAGGGGCUUAUGAAGCUGCUGCACAAUCCUUGAGAGAUUCCAGACUUCCCUUAACCGCGAUUAAUUAAAGGUUCAGGAUAAAACCAAUAGAGUAUAUCAUAGCAGUAAAAUUGUAUAGAGUAUAUAUAAUCUGGAGUGUGUACUCACCUUAUUUAUUCAUUGUUUGUUCAGUGAAUUGAUGGUAGAAGCGCGGAAACUAUAGUGGUUUUUUCUAUUUCUUAUUUGGCGGGGAAGUUUCAGCCCAUUGAAAUUUUCUCUGAAUAUGGCAUCUGCAAAAUGUUGGUUGAGUGUUUGUAUUAAGUUCAUAGUCUAAUGUUUGUUGUUACAUCUUUUGAUCAUCUUUGGAAAAGAGGUUUUGAAGGACCCAUCUCAUUCCUGAUUCCUUAAGAUUUCAUGCCAGCACUUGAGAAUUUUGAUGCAAGUUUUGUCUCCCACCUUUCGUGUGGCAAUUUUGAGCACACCCCACCCGAAAGUUUUUUUAUGAUCCCUCUCGGUUCACUAGGAGCUUAGAUGUGUG